AUGUUGUCCCUGAGUCAAGAAGAUUACACUCCUUCCAAUUCGUCUAAACGAAAAAAACGACUGAAUCGGUCCCAGGGUAUUUUCCGUAUCAAUACCGUUGCUGGUGUUGAUCAGAAGUGCGACGAUAAUAAUAAUAAUGCCCUUGAUGAGAACUAUUCUUCCGAUAACUCGUUGGAUCCUGAAGAUGUCCCGCCUCCUGGAAGACGGAGAUAUCUUCUGUUUGGUCUUGACAGACGUCGAAGGGCUUCAUCCGUAUCUACUGCAUUGAGCUCUGUGGUUUCCACUGACUCAUUUGCCACUUCUAUUUCCCUGGGACCUCUGUUUACAAUUAACAAUAACAUGGAUGUUUCAUUUGCCAAAGCCUCCAUUAAAGAUUAUAAAAAGAUAGCAAAGACCUUGAGUCUUGCGUUUGAACUGGACCCCUUUGUCAAUUAUGUCUUACACACAAAAACGAGAGAUAAGUCAAUUCGUAAAAAGAGAUUAUUCCAAUCUUAUUUUGAAUGGAAUGUCUUUGAAUGCUUCAAGACUGGUGGUACCAUCAUUAUCUUGAAAGAUGCCAAUUGGGAAAAUUUAUCUAAAGAUAUGCCAUAUUUGGGUGUUGCUUGUUGGUAUAAAUUAAAGUAUGAUGCCACCAAAAAUACCUUCCUCAAUGCAUCCACCUUGUCCUUCCUCUCCCUCCUCCACCCCAUUAUGUUGAAGUUUAAUCUUUUUUACAAUUCAAAACAUCACACAUUUUUAAGUGAGAAGUUUGAAUAUUUGAUUAAGCAAAGAACUAAAGUGUUGGAAGGCUUGAAGAUUGAAGAUCCAGAAAACCAUUCCAUUUGGUAUUUGGGUGACUUAGGUGUACUCCCUAUGAUGCAAGGUAAAGGAUUGGCCAGAAAGUUAAUCGAAUUUGCUUUCGAGAACUUUGUUGACACGAAGCCUAACCAAUGGGUUUAUUUGGAAUCCUCUAACCCCAUUAAUAGAGUGUUCUAUCAAAAGUUAGGCUUUGAAUUAAGGACCACGUACGAUAUCACCGAAGAAGAGGAUGAUAACUUUGAAUCUUCAUCCUUUAGUUCUGCGGCUUCAUCCAAUGUCACCAAUCAUAGCACAAAGGCUGCUUUGGAGGUAACGUUGGAUGGGAUGAUAAAGUACCCAAAAUUGUUAAAGAACAUUGAAGCAACAAAGACUUUAUUUGCUCCUAUUACUACUGCAAUGGAGCAAUUAAGUAUGUGUGCUUCAAUUGGCAAGCAAGUUAUUACUCGCUAA